AUGGCGGCGUGCGUUAGAGAUCGUGGUGCGCAGGAUAAGACCGUACCACCGUUUAUGGCUGAUGAAUCAGGUAGAGGCGGGUCGCAGAUCGGGCUGGCGAGCCAGAUCGGGUUGAGGAUGAGUAGUAAAUCAGUGGAGGAGCCGUGGGAUGAUAGCUCAUCGUCCAUCGGAGAGAUCAGUGAAAACGAGGAGGAAGACGACGACGACGUUUCAUCCCAAGUAGGAGGAGGAGGAACACUUGAUACAUUCAGCUCCUCUCUAGAAGACUCUCUACCGAUUAAGAGAGGGUUAUCGAACCAUUACGUGGGUAAAUCAAAAUCAUUUGGAAAUUUAAUGGAAGCUAGCAAAGCAAAGGAUCUGGAGAAAGUAUAG